AUGAGUGACUAUAAAAGAUACAAAAGGGAUUACUAUGGUAGAGAUCAUCCGAGUGAUUCGUACAAAAGAUACGGAAGUGGCCGAUACAAUGAAGAGAGAAAAUAUAACAGUGAUAAUUAUCGACGAGUUAAAGAUAAAUAUAGCCAUGAAUCCGACGCAAAUAUGGAAGAUACUUCUAGUCCAGAAUCUUCAAAUAGAAGAUAUGGAACUAAGGAAUACGAAAGACCGUCCGAUCAUCCACACAACUCUAAAUAUUCUAAAUUUAAGUAUAAUUAUUAUUUGCAGGAAGGCAAAACUGUUGAUAGAUCUGGUUAUUCUAGACGUAGAGACCAUGAGAAACAUAUAUCCUACGAUACAGACGAAAAUCCCUCUUCAAACGAAAAUGACAAGUAUUCUACUAUAAUUGUUAGAACUUUAGAUCCAGAUAUAACGGAGGAAAAUGUGGAGAAUGCCAUAUCUGAUUUGGCAAUACGAAAUGGUUUUUCCCUCCCAAAUUUGGUUAAUUUAAAAAAACUGCCAAAUAGCACAAUAUCUGGUGUGUAUUUUGGUUCGGAUAACUCAACACAUACACCACAAAUACUGAACGAAUACUCUUACACCUUUGGAUUCGAAAAGAUUGCGUUGGUUACUUUUCCAUCAUCUAGCGCCGCUACAAGAUUUAUGGAAUCAGUGAAGUCUAGAAUGCUCAGAAUAUGUGAUAAGGAAUAUUAUGUAGAAUUUGAUACGUCUAUUUCUGGUUAUUCUAAAUCAGUGGCUUUGGCGAAUGAUAGUUCGGUUCCGGAUCUGAAUGAAAUUGCAUCUCUCCUUCAAAAGAGAAAAUUGCAAUCCGACUGGAACUGUCCAUCAUGUAGAUUUUUAAACUUUGCCCGGAGAAUCUCAUGUUUAAGUUGCGGAAUCCCUAGACCACCUGAUUCUGUGCUAGAAAGUCAGAACAUUGCCACCGGGAUUGCUGCAAUAAAUCAGGCUCAAAUGCUCCAAUCAAAUAUAUCAGACAUUUCUCAUUGGAUUGUUUUAAAAAAUGUUCCUGGCAAUUCUAAUCCGGCGGAACUUAUUUUACGGAUUAUAGAAAUAAUUCCAGAUUCUCCGCAACAGUUGCACAAAUGUAUAUAUGUUGCUGAUCCAAACUCUCAAACUAAACGGGGGUUUAUUUUCUUAAACUUUCUUUCAUCUUCCCCUGUGGAGAAAUAUAUAGCAAAUAGAGGGGAAAAGAAAUCCGAUCUCAUAAAAUUAGGUGAUUCUUACCACCGCAUGGACACAGUUAGGGCGAGGGAAAAGCAUGUUGCAGAGGAAUUAUUUAAGAAGAUAAAGUUCACUUCAACUAGGAUUUACUAUGAGUUUGACACAUUAGCUCUAGGAACUACUUUGAUAUCUGAAAAUUACACAAAAAUAUCGAAUCACAAGGAACAUCAUUCGUUCAAAAUAAAGACUACUGAUAUUAAAACUCUUGAAGUAGUUGUAAAUUCCAGUGAUGCUCCAUCUACGACGUCGAAUUAUUUCAGUACCUGGGUCUCUGACAGCAUAUGGGUAUCCACUGGAAAACCCGAUACAGCAUCUUUUGUAUACGAUCCAAGCACAGACUAUUUUUUUGAUCACAAGCUUAGCCUAUACUAUGAUGCUGCCAGUGGCUAUUACAUGUCACUCACAGGCAAUUACUAUAUUUGGGAUGAUCAAUCUAGUUCCCUAAGAAUUGUAAAUAACGAGGAUAUUACGAGCCCAGUUCCUGGGCCCGUAGAAAAGAAUAUUGGUAGCACACAAAAAAUUGGGGUUCCUAGUAAUAUUUCCGGUGUAAUAGAAGCUGCCAUGAAAGUCGCACAGGUGUCAAAGGAAAACACACAGCAAAUAUCCUCUGUAAUAGAGAAAAAAAAGGAUUGUAUAAAAACUAAAAGGAACAUUUUGAACUUUGGUGAAACUUUUACCAAGGGUUCAGUGUCUGAUGGUGAAUGUGAUAUGGAUCUUGAAGAUAAUUCUGAUGAAGAAUCAUCAAAAAUUGUUCACAAAAUAUCCAAGGAUACUAAUCCGAAAGACGACACGAUUCAAGAGCCUAAGCUUAAGACCCUUAACAUCUGUUUUGUUUGUAUUAGAACGUUUGACACAGAUGAGGAUCUUCAUAUUCAUAAAAGGGACUCAAAAUACCAUCAAACCUUACUUUCACUAACUGGUGCCUAA